AUGCCGCGAUAUGCACAACCAACCGCACUCCCCAUUGCGCUCGACCACGGCGAGAUCUACCUCCAAUCGAUCGUGCAAGAUCCGCCAUCCCUCGCCUCCUCAUCGACAUCCUGCCGCGGUCUGGCGAUCCUCGCUCAUCCGUUGGGUCGACUCGGUGGCUCAUUAGACGACCCAGUCAUCACACACCUUGCCUCGUUGCUCCUCACCCAUGCCCACCUACGCGUGGUACGCUUCAACUCGCGCGGCGUGGGCAAGUCCGGCGGCUCGGCCAGCUGGACGGGCAAGUCCGAGUGCAGCGACUUCCAGGAACUCCUCUCCAAAUGUAUCGACAAUUUCUGCCUCGACUUCCCCGAUAGCUCAGCGGCGCAGCUCAUCAUCGCAGGAUACUCGGCCGGAGCGCUAUACGCCAGCACGGUCACCGUGACCCCCGCAGUGUAUGACCUCAGACAAUUUCGAGGCGCAAACCAGCCAAGGUACAUCCUGCUCAGCUUCCCAGCCGGCGUCACGUGGGCACUCAGCUUUUUCACAACAAAGACCUACACCGAUGCGCUGAAAAGGCUCCUCACGAGCACACGCAUUCCUGGGGCUACGCCAACAGCAGCAGCGACAGAAGACGAGGGCGAGGCAAAGGCAGCAGCACGAGCGGCGGAGUCGACUCCUUCCAACGACGGCGCCUCAUUGCCCGUCGCAAGCCAUGUUCUCGCGAUAUACGGAGAUCAGGAUCAAUUCACUGGUGUUGGGACAUACGAGACUUGGACGAGCGAGUGCAGUUCAUUGGCCCCCUCCCCGCUCAAGACAGCGGGGUACCGUGGAUCGACCUUUUACCAUGUCUUGAUAGAGAAUGCCGACCACUUCUACCGCUCCAGGCGCGCAUUCGAUGCACUCGACAAGGCAAUCGUGGAAUGGUACGACGCGCUGACCGAUUAA